AUGUCUGGUCGUGGUAAAGGUGGUAAAGGCCUCGGAAAAGGGGGCGCCAAGCGUCAUCCCAGCUAUCCGUCGUUUAGCUCGACGGGGUGGUGUAAAACGUAUCUCUGGUCUUAUCUAUGA